AUGACUAUUAUUCAAAAGAGGAUGACUCUUCAAACCAUGAAGACUGAAAAUAGAAGCAUUGGAAGAUAUUUUUGAAAACACAUUGUGCAAAUUUAAGACCCAGCACUUACAUUGUCUCUGAUUGCUUCCUCCCUAAGACUGCUGCCGUAUCUCAUUUUUGCAAAAGAUUUUAGUAUUGUACAGAAAAAGAAAAAGAAGGAUGUAUUUGUUAAGACAGGAAGGAAAAUUAGUGAGCAAAUUAUCCAUGUCCUUGAUAAACCAGUGAUAAACCAAGCAAAUGUGAUCUGACUCAUCAACUAAAAAAACAUCAGCUUAGAGCCCCCUGAUUGUCAGAUCACGAUCCACCAGGAGUGGCUGUGAAUCAAAGAGCAGGAAAAUGCCAAACCAAAAUCUAGACAGUGACAAACCAUGUCUUCAAAUAUUGUACAACACUAUCUGGAUACAAAAUGCAAACAAUUUAGGAAGAUUGAGAAAUAUUAAGUUCAAGUCACUAUAAUGAAAGGGAAAUGAGGACAAGCCAGAAAAUAAAACAAUGAGAUAUUUAACAAAAUUCUCCAGACUGUGCCCAGAAUAGCCACCUUCUCAAUCAGAUCACAGAUUCUUAGAGGAGGAAUGGUCUUCAUGUGUGUUUUUCACCAUCUGAAUAAGAAAGAGGAGGAGCUAUAUAGAGACUCUCAAGAGACCCAGGAAAAGGAACUUUGA